AUGGACGCCCUGGCUUUCAUCUGGCCCCAGUGCAUCGCCCUCAAGGCCGCCUUCGCCUCCCGCCUCCCGCCCAUCUACUUCGCCAUCUGCCGCCCCAACAUCGCCUUCGUCGCCGAAUACGUCCUCUACGUUAUGCCCGGCGAAGAGGCCUACGGGAAGAACGAUAUCGUCUUCGCCUGCGAGGGCUUCCUGCCCCUCGUCCUCGACCCCGAAAUGGUCCUCGAUCCCCAGAGCUGGAAACUGUUCAACAAACUCAAAAUCUACAUCCAACGGCUCGACCAGACCGGCCAAGAAAAGGCCGACUCCCGCGUCCUCCCCACCCUGUUCGUCGAAAGUCUGUCGAGCUAUUCCGGGCUAGACGUCGUGCCUGCAGAGUCGGAGAUCGAGUUUGAGAAGCUGCUCAUUGGAGCAGGCGCCGAUCUGGCGCUGGUGCAGAGCCGACAUCCGUACAGCAAGUUUGCGGUCUGGGCGAUCGAGUUCCUGCAUCGCUGUGCGAGCCCGGUAGACCACCAGGCGGCGGAGCAAGAGCAGACGGGUCCCUCGUCGGCUGCGUCCCCGUCGACGGGGACGUCGAGGAAACGGGCGCGCCAGAGCGAGCACGGCCCGGGGCCCUCGUCGCCACUCCCUACCCCAGCCUCGCCCGGCUCAGCCCCGCACUCGUCCGGCGUCCACGUGGACAUCAACGUGGGGCGUGUGUCGGAGGAAGAGUACCCGUUUGGCAUGGCUUGA